AUGAAGUAUUACUUUCCGUUUCUCUACGGACUAGCUGAAUCAGAAAUUACUACAUUGCGAAUUGGGACGAAAGACUAUCCUUCUUUCCAUCGCGUUUCGACAAGUCCUUUUUCGAUAGAAAUGGAUGAUAAACAACAAUACAUUAACCCAGAUUUAAAGGUAUUUACAUUUCAAAUGGAUGAAAGAAACGCUACGUCCUGUUCUAGAGCUAAAAAGCGUGCGCAUUUCAUCAGCUUGGAGAAUCAAACUCCAAUUAUUUUGAAGAAAGGAUUGUCAGGCAUGGAAAAGUAUGCGCGUCUUGUUAGGUCAACAGAACAUGAAAUUAUUGGGUUGAGAAAUGAUAAAACUAUCUUCCGUGUAUAUAGAGAUCCUAACAAAUUGAGCCUGAGGAAAGUAUCAUUAUUUGUAAAAGUAAUCCAAAGCCUUUUGGAUUACUGA